AUUGUUGUGUCUGAUAUACGACGUUUCAUCAUAGCACAAGGCAUCAACAAGAAAAACCGCAAAGAAGUUAAGACACGAAAAAGGGCAAAAACUUUUGACAUACCUGAGGUCCGUGAGAGGUGA